UUUUCAUGGAACAAUUUGGUCGUAUUGCAUUAUUUCUUGUAUCUUGAUCGUAUUUAAAUCUCUCGGAAUUCCUUCAAUCUUUGAAUCGUAAUCUGCAUCAUCACAGUUUUUACUAAAUCACUCUGAUACAACCUCAGAUACAUUAAUCAUCGUAUAAAUCCUUCAUAACACUUUGUUCAACAAUUAUUAUUUAAAUAUCUGACCAAGAUGGACUCCUUACAAGAGAGACUCCAAUCGGUUUUCAACGACUUCGUACCUGGGCUGUCACAGAGAAUCUUGGUGCAAGACCCCGAAAUCCUAGCCAUUUUCGUCGGGGGUAAUUGGCUUUACCUGGAUGAGGCAGACUUAAGAUCGGGAGUUCACCCUUUGCAUUGGAACGUUGUCGUUCUCGUCAAGACUAAGUUUGAUAUUUUCAGGCUUGUCAACGAAAACCGCCAACGUCUCUUGGAAAUAACUGGAAUCGUGCAGCAAGAAUGCCCUCAUGAGCUAUACCAAGUCCCCUCUCCAAGUUCUGAGUACUGGUCAGAGAUUGAUGCCGUUAGAUUCACUGGCUACGAUAGAGUCUCGUCCAUGCGAUCGGUUGUCAUAAUGAGCUGGGAGUACUUCGACAGAUCCGUGCCACGCACAGGUAGGUCUACGACCGCGCUCAAUAUAUUUUCGUAUGUGGAUAAACGAAUCUAUAAAAACAACAAUCUUGGACGUGUAGAAUGUCAAAUCCUACAGGCAACAAGCCUCCCAAAUGGGUUUGUGAUCCUACACGACCAAUGGUUAUACGAGGACUGGCAUACCCCUUAUAAUUCUCGACGGAACCCCUCGGAUGUGGUGUUUGGCCAGACUGCGGAGCUGCUAGUUAGCGGAGUGAACUUAUUCAAGAAUUCGUACAGAGAGAGAAUUACCAAACAGAUCCUAGCUUUUUACUUUCAUGUUACCGGACAAUCUGCAACGGCCGGGAGUCUUACUGAUUCAGACAUGUUUUCGUCUACAUAUACUGAAUGGAUAAAUCAAAGACUGGAGUCGUAUAUGCUCGGAAGAGAAGUUGUCCAGAGCUUGGGACCAGGCACCGUACCUGCCCCUUCCCGGCCACUUUCUUUGUUUGGAGACACAUCGACGGGAAAGUACUGGGAAAGGAAUACCUUCAGGACCGUUGAAGUCAUCGAUGAAAAGGUACUCAGUUGUUUCGAGCACGGAGACUUCGCCUGGAUCAGGCAAAGAAGGCCACUCCCCGGCGAGGUCUCAGGGAAAUGGGAGGUCGCAAUUACCUGUGCGGCUAGAAAUACCACCAGUGUGCUCUGUAAGACGACUUCAUCCGCAAUGGAUGAGCUUGAAAGAGCAAUGAUGGCUUCCCAUUUCUAUCCCUGGGUACAAGUUCCAUGUAAAUCGGGUUCUGAACAGUUGUUAUUCCCUAUGAUCGAGUACGACUAUGAAGAGGAAAUCAGGACUCGGUAUUAUAGGCAUGGCGGCAACAACUGGAACGAUGCGGAGGCGCUUCUUCAUGCAGAAAUGGUGAAGGCCGAGAUAGUGCUCAGUGCCUAUCGAAAGUCGUUUCGUAAUCCUGAUAUACAAAAGCAGGAUAUUAGCGAGGUCAUAAAGUCUCACCUCGAUCGCAUCGCAAGGGGAGGGAGAGUGUUCCGAGAGCUCCACGGUGAUAAGAUCCAGGUAAAAGGAGGCGUCUCGGUUUCUACUAGGAAGUUCUUGGACUUGGAAUGGAUUAUUAACGGCGAGCGGUAUCCGUCCUUGCGCAACUUGCUCGAUCAAGCUGCCAGAGAUAUCCGCAAGGCUCGAUCCGGUCCAGUGGUCCUCGGGUUAGGAGAUACCAGUGCGCUCCAUACCAUGGUAUCGCCGAAAACCGUACAAGGAGGCCGUAAAGUUAUUUUUGAUAACUAUGGGUCUACCAAGUACUAUCCGGUCAUGCUUGAUCUUGCCAGAGCUUUCUACUGCGAUGUGUUCUUUGAGAUGGCGCACCUCGCCAAUUUACCAUCUCACGCAUGGCCGCGGAUGAAAUAUUCCUGCACUGAGACCACAGUCCAAGUGAGCUACGCUCGGAAUUGCAGCUGGCUAGCACGGACGAUAGCAGAUAUCAAAAUAAGGUAUCUGCUUCAUCCUCUCGAAGACGAGAUCAAAGCUGCGAGACACUCCUUCGAUGAUCUUAUUCCUCAGUUGUCUGCUAGUAUAUUCCUGGUUCCGAUGUUAUACCAGGAUUUUUCGAAGAACCCGGACUCCAUCAUUGCGAAUUUAAUGACUGGGAUCGUUAUGUCGCAAUGUAGGAACUGGGAGGACUUCGACUUUGCGGUUAGAAAACUAGGGCUUGGUUCUUGAAGUGAUGAGUAGCGCCGUUAAAAAAAAAUUAAAAAUUAAAAAAGACUGAAAUUUUUAGAUAAUUUAUGACUUUCUCGAGCCCUGAGCUGUGACUAAUUCCUACGGUAGUUUGCAUUAUAUAUAUAUGAUGUGCAAUGAUUUAAAUAAGAAAAAAAAAACAAUUCUGUUGAAGCACGAAGAGCACUUAGACUAGACCAACUGAUAUAGCCAGAAGCUCUUUGUAUAAAUGUCUCAAUAGUUCCAAGGACCUAACACAGUAUUGAAACACACGGUUUCAUUCC